AUGGCCAAUCACCUGGAGCUGCUGCGGGAGCUGCGGUCCAUGGAGAAGGCUUCGAGCACGGACCGCGUGCGGGCAGCACGCAGGCGGCGUGUCCAGCAGCUGAAGCGCUGGACGGCGUACGAGAAAGAGUUGCUAUGCAGAAAGCGCAAGGCUGGCAAACGCCGCAACAUCGCGCUGACCGCCACACCCGCGCCCAGCAAGCACGUCUCCUUUACCGCCUCCAUCGCUCUGCUGGAGGCUGCCAUGAGGAACGACUCUGAGGAAGUGAAGUACCUGUUGGACCACAGCGUCAAUCCUGACCUGUGCAAUGAGGAUGGCCUUACUGCCCUGCAUCAGUGUUGCAUUGAUAACCACGAGGACUCAGUGAGGGUGCUGCUGAGUGGGGGGGCCAGCGUCAAUGCCCGGGAUAAAGAGCUGUGGACCCCCCUGCACGCCGCUGCCACCUGUGGCCACAGCAGUCUGAUCUGCAUCCUCAUUCAGCAUGGUGCUGAUCUCCUGGCUGUUAACUCUGAUGGAAACAUGCCUUAUGACCUGUGCGAGGAUGAUGCUACGCUGGACAUUAUUGAAACAUGCAUGGCUGAGCGUGGCAUCACCCAGGCCAUUAUCAAUGAACAGCGUGCAUCUGUGGAGAGGAGGAUGCUGGAAGAUAUCCAGAUGCUGAUACAAGAUGGUGAGGACAUCAACCUGCAGGACUCCCAGGGCGUCACGCUGCUCCACACCGCUGCAGCCAACGGCUACAUCCAGCCCACAGAGCUGCUGCUGCUGCGGGGGGCGAGGACAGACCUACGGGACAGAGACGGCUGGCAGCCCCUCCAUGCAGCAGCCUGCUGGGGCCAGAUGCAUGUAGCAGAGCUGCUGGUUUCCCAUGGUGCCAGUUUAGAUGCCAGGACCUACCUGGAUGAGACACCCAUAGAUUUGUGUGAGGAGGAGGAGUUUCGGGCCAUGCUGCUGGAGCUCAAAUACAAGCAUGAUGUCAUGAUGAAGUCACAGUUCAGGCAGAAGGUCCCCCUCUGCCGGCGUUCCUCCAGCACAAGCAGUCGUGGCAAGCUGGUGAGGAGAGCCAGUCUGUUGGACAGAACCAGACUGUAUCGGAAGGAGUAUGAGACAGAGGCCAUCCUGUGGAUGGGACAGAGGGGGGAGGAGGAGGAAGAGGAGGAAGAGGAAGAGUGUGACCAGGAAAACAGUCAAUCGGUGAGGCUUCAGACACAAAAAAGGGCUGCGUUCCAAAAGUGCUAA